AGAGAGCUGCAGCAGGAGCUUGCUGAUGCUCUCAAAAAGCAAUCUAUGUCAGAAGCUUCACUGGAAGUUACUACACGCUACCGCAGUGACCUGGAGGAAGACAAGCUGCGCUUGCAAAAGGUAUUGGAAAAGGCUAAAACCAAGUUGUGGGAGGUGGAAGAAAAAUAUCUUCAGUCUGAGUGUUGUGUUCGUGAUUUGAAGACUGCCUUGGAUGAUAAGGAAAGAGGAGCAACAGCUUCUGCCCAGAAGCUGCAGGACCAGCUGUUGGCAUCUUCUGAGACUAACACUACUAUAAAACAACUGGAAGAACACUGCAACACCUUGAAAUUGAAAACACCAAAUUGGAAGCCACUGUCCAGCAACAAAGCAACAGGACUGAAGCCCUGCAGAAAGACCUGCAAGUCUCUGCCUCAGUUCAUAAGUGCCUGGAAGACUUGAUAAUGAACUUAGAGACAGCACAGGCAGCUGCAGAAGACCACCACAAGCAGGUACA